CACCCUUCUUCCCACUCAGCUCGGCUUUCCUUUCAUCCCAUUGUCACUCUCGCUGCACGAGAAAGAUCAAAAUGGGCUUCGAUGCGUUGUAGAAAUCCGAUCCGUUUCCGAUGGUUACCGGCGGCGCACGUUUUUUACGGCUAAUCUCUCAUCGGCAUCUUCCUCUAUAACUAGGGUUCCGGCCCUUGAUUGAUCGAGGGCCAACGCGACAAUUAUCGGAGUUUUGACGCGAUCUGAUCAACGGGGGGGACGAAACAUGUUCAACAAGAUCAUGAAACGCGGUGGCCGGAAGGUCCCCAAAUCCGAUGCUAACGAGCCCACGGUCUUCUCCGGUGCUUUCCGCUCCGCCGGUGGUCCGGUUGUAUCCACUUCCAACGUCACUAUAAACCAUGCGUCUCGUCCCACCGCCACCACCGCGGGACCCCAGCACCAGUCGCCGCUUGGCUCCCCCGGCGUCACCGGUGUCACUAGCGUCACUCCCCAGAUCGAGAACCUCCCCCUCUUUCGUGAUGUGCCAGUGCCCGAGCGCCAGACUCUUUUCCAACGAAAGCUUCAGAUCUGCAAUAUCGUAUUCGAGUUCUCCGAGUCCCUUAAGUUCGCACGCGAGAAAGAGACCAAACGACAGACCCUUGUGGAGCUCGUUGAUUUCAUUCACGCUGGUUCUGGCCGCCUGACUGAAGCAGUUCAGGAGGACCUCAUUCGCAUGAUCGGAAACAACAUCUUCCGCUGCCUGCCCCCGGCCUCUCAUGAGAACUCUGGCUCCGAGAACGCUGAUCCCGAGGAGGAAGAAUCUUACCUCGAUCCCUCUUGGCCUCACCUCCAGAUUGUUUACGAGCUUCUUCUUCGAUACGUCGUGUCGUCAGACACUGAUACGAAGAUCGCCAAACGCUAUAUUGAUCAUUCUUUCGUUCUCCGUCUUCUUGAUCUAUUUGACUCUGAAGACCCCCGUGAGCGUGAGUAUCUCAAGACCAUUCUUCAUCGCAUCUACGGCAAGUUCAUGGUUCAUCGCCCGUUCAUUCGCAAGGCAAUCAACAACAUUUUCUAUCGUUUUAUUUUUGAGACCGAGCGGCACAGCGGAAUUGGUGAGCUACUCGAGAUUCUGGGUAGUAUAAUUAACGGUUUUGCUCUGCCAAUGAAGGAGGAGCACAAGCUGUUCCUGGUCCGAGCACUUAUCCCUCUUCACAAGCCGAAGGGAAUGUCGGCUUACCAUCAGCAGCUCUCGUACUGUAUCACCCAGUUUGUGGAGAAGGAUUUCAAGCUUGCUGAUACUGUCAUAAGGGGGUUGCUAAAGUAUUGGCCAGUCACCAACUGUCAGAAGGAGGUGCUCUUCCUAGGAGAACUGGAAGAGGUUCUUGAGUCGACUCAACCAGCAGAGUUUCAGCGUUGCAUGGUUCCACUAUUCAAGCAGAUUGGAAGGUGCCUCAAUAGUUCUCAUUUCCAGGUCGCCGAACGAGCCCUCUUUCUAUGGAACAACGACCACAUCGUGAGCCUAAUCGCCCAGAACCGAAACAUCAUAUUCCCCAUCAUCUUCGACGCCCUCGAGAAAAACAUGCAAGGCCACUGGAACCAAGCGGUCCACGGACUCACCGCCAACGUCCGCAAAAUGUUCCUCGACAUGGACAGCGAGCUAUUCGAGGAAUGCCAGCAGAAGUACAUCGACCAGGAAGCCAAGGCCAAGUCGCAGGCCGAACAGAGACAGAUGGCCUGGCAAAGACUGGAAGCAGUCGUCGCCGCUAAAUCUUCGACAGAAGAUAUGGUAUUAGUCAAUUAGAAAAUCCUGACCCUAAACCCUAAAUCUUCCCCUCACCUUAAUCACUGUUUUGCUUCUUCUUCCUCUUUUCUUGUUUUUUUGGCUGUUGUCUAUUGAUGUGCUCCUUUUUCUUUUUUCUUUUUUAUGAAAGCAGAGCUGGGAUUAUAUGUAACCUUAAAAAAUGUAUCAUUUGUGGAUAUAUUGGAAGUUCCUUGAUGGUCAGUUCAGGAGAUCCCAGUUGUAUGAUGAUAUAAUUUUUUUUUUUUUUUUUUUGAAAUUUUUAUGAACAGAGUGUUAGAUUGAGUUGGAUAUCAUGAGUUUAGGGUUUCAGAUUUUUGGAGAUUGUUUCUGAAUG